UUAAAGCUGAGAGCCUAUAACAUCUCUAUAGCAGAAUCGAUAUCAUGACUUUCAAAGAGCGAACUAUUGCGGCGUCACCCUUCGACGCGCUUGACGCGGAUCUCGUCCUGCGAUCCUCGGAUAAUGUCGACUUCCUCGUCUCCAAAGUCGUCAUGGCGCUCGCCUCUCCAGUCUUCGCAGACAUGUUCGUAGUUGUCGAAGCGACGUCUGGGAGGCCCAGGGCGGCCACCGCAUGUGGCCCGGACGCUCCUGUCGCAGACCUCACGGAACAUAGUCGUACGCUCGACUGUCUUCUAAGGCUCAUCUAUCCCGUAAGAAAUCCCCGGAUCGAGAGGCCAGAGGACGCGCUAGAUGUCUUUCAAGCGGCCUCCAAGUACAUGGUUGACCAUACCGCAGAGGACGUCCUGGAACAAUUCGCGACUCUUGCCGAGAAACAGCCAUUACAAGCAUACGUGCAGGCGUAUUUACACAGCACAGAAAUCGCAAUGCGCAUUGCCGCGAGGGCCUCUCUACUAUAUCCCUGGUUCGAGAUCGCCAAGGACUCGCAUGAAUUUCCAAGUCUUAGCCAUACGGCUCUCAUCCGACUCCAAGAGUACCACGCUGCAUGCGGUGCCGCUGCGUCCUCUGCAACGUUAGCUGCGGGGGUGACGACCUCAGUCCCUGAGCAGAAGCCUUGGUUCCCAUACACACACACCUCUGAGUGGCGCAAUCAUCCACAGCCCAGGUUCUAUUACGCCGCGCACCCGUGGUGGAGGGAGGCCUUGGGGGGCCUGGCGAAGAUUCUGCGAUCGACGCCGCACCCCCAGAUGACCGGCACGCAGCGCUUCUUUGGUACUAUGCUAGCAAAAGCGGCACAAGCGUCCCCAGGUUCCAAAGAUGCUCUAUGCUCCGCUCUGCUGGCGUUCAUGGAAGAUUAUCCUGGCCGUGUGGAUCAUGCGGUCUCAGAGGUGAGGCUUUAGGUUUACUC